AGAAAUAGCAGCUCCUCCCCACGUGUGGCCAUGUCUGUGUGAAGCUCUACAAGCCAAGCAACAUGGCAUCAUUCGCAGACAGCCACCUCACCUAAAGUGAACGUGAAUGAAAUAAACGGAGAGGAACGGUCAAAUGGGCAGGUUGGGUCCCCAGAGGUCUGCUGCUCUUCUUUGACAUCUCCCCCAGACCUCUCCCCUCACUAUGGCCAGUGAGGAGGACGAUGACCCCAUCAUACAAGAGAUUGAUGUAUACCUAGCUAACAGCCUUGCGGACAAGCUAUAUCUGUUCCAGUAUCCAGUUCGCCCUUCCUCUAUGACCUAUGAUGAUGUCACUCAUCUAUCUGCCAAGAUCAAGCCCAAGCAGCAGAAGGUGGAGUUGGAGAUGGCCAUUAACACUCUGAGUCCUAACUACUGUCGAAGUAAAGGAGAGCAGAUCGCCCUCAACGUGGACGGAACCACCUCAGAGGACUCCAACACCUACUCUGUGAAGAUGAUGGACAAACAGACGUUCACAUCCAUCCAGUCCACAACCAACACCUCCAGAUACGCUGCUGCUGUCUUCAGGAAAGGGGAGCUCCACAUCACACCGCUGCAGGGUAUCCUUCAGAUGCGACCCAGCUUCUCCUAUCUGGAUAAGGCUGACGGCAAACACAGAGAGCGGGAGGCCGCUAACGAAGGGGGAGACUCUUCUCAGGAUGAGGUGGAGGAAGACGUCAAGGCCGUCACUGUGAGGUUUUCCCGUCCUGAGUCGGACCAGGCUCGUCAGCGGCGUAUCCAGUCGUACGACUUCCUUCAGAAGAAACAGGCAGAGGAGCCCUGGGUCUACCUGCACUACCACGGCCUCAACGAUGGCCGUUCGGACCACGAGAGGCAAUACCUGUACUGCCAGGCCAUGGGAGGCUCUGAGAACACAGAACUGGUAAAAACACCAAAGGAGUACCUGGCAAUGCUCAUGCCCCCUAUCACAGAGGAGAAGAUUGUGAGGCCCGUAGGUCCCAGUAACAUGCUGUCCAUGGCCCAGCUCCGGACCCUGCCGCUAGGUGACCAGGUCAAAACCCUGUUGAAGAACGUCAAAGUGAUACCGUUUGCCAACCUGAUGGGUUUGUUGACCCCUGGGACAGACUCCACUGCGGUGCUGCGCUGCAUCCAGCAGGUGGCGCUACUGGUGCAGGGCAACUGGGUGGUCAAGAGUGAUGUGCUGUAUCCUAAGAACAGCUGUAGUCCCCACAGUGGUGUGCCUGCUGAGGUGCUGUGUCGAGGAAGAGACUUUGUGAUGUGGAGAUUCACUCAGGAGCGCUCAGUGAUGAGGAAGGAGGUCACAGCCAUCAUCAAGCUCCUGCCGGAGGAUGUGAAGGACUUCUUGGAACACAUGGCGGUGCCUCGUAUAAACCGUGGCUGGGAGUUCCUGUUGCCAAGCGACAGUGACUUCAUCAAAAAGCACCCUGACGUGGCCCAGCGGCAGCACAUGCUGUGGAUUGGGAUACAGAGCAAAUUGGAGAAGGUCUUCAACUUCUCUAAGGAGGACCUGGUAUCCAAAAAGGACCCACAAACAGAAGCUAUGCACGUGAGUGGCGAGCAGCGUCUGAAGGCAGCCCAUGAGCGUGCACGACAGAACCAGCCCUCUCUUCAGAAGGACCUGAGCGCUCGUCGACAGGGAAAGGGUGGAGCCGGACCGAGCAGUGGAGCCGCGGUCAGAGUCAAAGAGGAACCUGUCAGCGACGGUGAAGACGAACCCAUGGACACAUCCUCCUCCGCUCUCCCUAACGGGUUGGUAAACGGUUACCCAUCCGCCGCCACUUCCGCUGCCUUGAAUCCUCAUAACGGGCACGGCAGGACUCCCAUGCCCUCACCGUCACCUGAGCUGAGGGACUUUGUGUGGAACAUGUUCAGGAAGCAGCAUGUGCUGACGCUGAGCGAAGUCAAGAGGCUGUUCAACCUCCACCUGGCCUCCCUGCCUCCCGGAGACAGCCUGUUCCACUCCAUCUCAGACCGCCUGCUACAGGAUACUAUACUGAUGAGCCACUGCAAACAGAUACUGGUGCCUUUUCCAGCCCAGAGCACAGCAGCUGCUGAUGAACAGAAGGUGUUUGCAGUGUGGGAGACAGGAGAGACCUUCGACAAGCAUCGUCAGGUCCUGUAUGAGAUCUUCAUGAAGAACUACCGGGUGAGGAGGAACGUGAUCCAGACCAGGCUGACGCAGGAGAUGGGAGACCAGGUUACCAAGGAUGAUGUGGACCGCCUGCUUAAGGAGUGCUGUGUGAGCUUUGGAGGGAUGUGGUACCUCAAGGGUACCCUACAGUCCUGACAGGGUUGAGGACACGCCCCUGUGGCCACCAUCAACCAACCAAACCCACUCCCCCAGAGCCUAGUGGGAGGGCUCUGUACGGGGAGGCGGGACAGCCAGACACACAAACCAAUUGUAGCCCUCCUGCCCCCAGCUCUCCGGACUGGGAUUGGAGGAAUGAUAUGUCCGUCAUCUGCUCCGGUCAGAACAUGACACUUGUUGUUAAUUAAUGCAGCUAAAGAAGUCACUUCUAAGCUUGGCCCAAACGUAGCCGAUCUAUUGGACAGAAGACCUUCCAUAUUCAUGCUAAGGGCUGGAGCAGGAGCAGAGGAGAUGUAUAUGACUGAGACAAUACAGAACCGUUACACUUGAUCCAACUAAUGUAGGUGGGCUGGUUCAGGGUCUGAGCACAAAUGUGCAGUCCUGGAGGUACUCGAGGAAUGGAUCGGGGAACACUGUACCAAAAGUUUUGAAUGACACACAUAUUCAUUUUCACAAAGUCUGCUGCCUCAUUUUGUAUCAUGGCAAUUUGCAUAUAUUCCAGAAUGUUAUGAAAAGUGAUCAGAUGAAUUGCAAUUAAUUGCAAAGUCCCUCUUUGCCAUGCAAAUGAACUGAAUCCCCCCAAAACAUUGCCACUGCAUUUCAGCCCUGCCACAAAAGGACCAGCUGACAUCAUGUCAGGGAUUCUCUCGUUAACACAGGUGUGAGUGUUGACGAGGACAAGGCUGGAGAUCACUCUUGUCAUGCUGAUUGAGUUUGAAUAAGCACCACCCUCCUUCUAAAGCUUCCAGUCUGUUCUUCCUCUGUCAACCAUGGUUACCUGCAAGGAAACAUGUGCCACCAUCAUUGCAUUGCACAAAAGGGCUUCACAGGCAAGGAUAUUACUGCCAGUAAGAUUGCACCUAAAUCAACCAUUUAUCGGAUCAUCAAGAACUUCAAGGAGAGCGGUUCAAUUGCGCUUCAAUUGGCUUCAGGGAGCCCAAGAAAGUCCAGCAAGCGCCAGGACCAUCUCCUAAAGUUGAUUCAGGUGCGGGACUGGGCCACCACCAGUACAGAGCUUGCUCAGGAAUGGCAGCAGGCAGGUGUGAGUGCAUCUGCACGCACAGUGAGGCGAAGACUUUUGGAGGAUGGCCUGGUGUCAAGAAGGGCAGCAAAGAAGCCACUUCUCUCCAGGAAAAACAUCAGGGAUAGACAGAUAUUCUGCAAAAGGUAUAGGGAUUGGACUGCUGAGGACUGGGGUAAAGUCACAGUUUCUGAUGAAUCCCCUUUCCGAUUGUUUGGGGCAUCCGGAAAAAAGAUGGCCCGGAGAAGACCAGGUGAGCGCUACCAUCAGUCCUGUGUCAUGCCAACAGUAAAGCAUCCUGAGGCCAUUCAUGUGUGGGGUUGCUUCUCAGCCAAGGAAGUGGGCUCUCACAAUUUUGCCUAAGAACUAAGUGGCUCGGGGAACAAAACAUCAAUAUUUUGGGUCCAUGGCCAGGAAACUCCCCAGACCUUAAUCCCAUUGAGAACUUGAGGUCAAUCCUCAAGAGGCGGGUGGACAAACAAACAAAAAACAAAAUCUGACAAACUCCAAGCAUUGAUUAUGUAAGAAUGGACUGCCAUCAGUCAGGAUGUGGCCCAGAAGUUAAUUGACAGCAUGACAGGGCGGAUUGCAGAGGUCUUGAAAACAAAGGGUCAACACUGCAAAUAUUGACUCUUUGCAUCAACUUGAUGUAAUUGUCAAUAAAGGCCUUAGACACUUGUGAAAUGCCUGUAAUUAUACUUCAUUAUUCCAUAGUAACAUCUGACAAAAAUAUCUAAAGACACUGAAGCAGCAAACGUUGUGGAAAUUAAUAUUUGUGUCAUUCUCAACUUUUGGCCACGACUGUACUAUGCCAUUGAGAAAUUAGACAAUUUUGAUAGUGAUCCUUAAUUAUUUUGUUUUUGAAUUAUUAAGCAAAUCAAAUUGUAUUUGUCACAUGCUUCAAAUACAACAACACCUUACAGUGAAAUGCUUACUUACAAGCCCUUAACCAACAAUGUCGUUAAGAAAAUUACCUAAAAAAUGUAAUUAAGAAAUUAAAUAGAAGUAUUUUAGUAGACGGAGGGUGGUGUCUGCUAAGGAAACAAGUGAAUGCAGUUCAUAGUCCAAUUGAUUUUAUUUUUUUUCUCCACAAUUUCGAUCUUGUCUCAUCGCUGCAACUCUCCAGCGGGCUUGGGAGGUGAAGGUCGAGUCAUGCGUCCUCCGAAACAUGACCUGCCAAACUGCGCUUCUUAAAUUACAGGUCGUAGAAACAUGUCAAACUAAGUAUAGAAUCAAUCUUUAGGAUGUUUUUAUCAUAAAUCUUCAAUAAGGUUCCAACCGGAGAAUUCCAUUGUCUGUAGAAAAGCACUGGAACGCAGGUCGCUCUCAUGUGAAAUGCGUGUGACCAGGACAUGGCGCUCUGCCAGACCACUGACUCAAAGAGCUCUCACCCGGCCCCACAUCACAGUAGAAGCCUCAUUCAAGUUUCUAAAGACGGUUGACAUCUGUUGGAAGCCUUGGGAAGUGCAACAUAACCAUUAUCCCACUGUGUAUUCAAUAGGGGCUGGGUUGAAAAUCGACCAACCUCAGAUUUCCCACUUCCUGUUUGGAUUUUUUUCUCUGGUUUUUGCCUGCCAUAUGAGUUCUGUUAUACUCACAGACAUCAUUCAAACCGUUUUAGAAACUUCAGAGUGUUUUCUAUCCAAUAAUAAUAUGCAUAUAUUAGCAACUGGGACUGAGGAGCAGGCCGUCUACUCUGGGCACCUCUGGGCACCUUUCAUCCAAGCUACUCAAUACUGCCCCUGCAGCCAUAAGAAGUUAACACCCGCCCGCUUAACCCAGAAACCAGCUGCACCACUGUGUCGGUGGAAAACACAGUUCAACUGACGACAGAGGUCAGCCUGCAGGCGCCCGGCCCGCCAUAAGUAGUCGCUAGAGCACGAUAAGCCGACCGAAUCCUCCCCUAACCUGGACUACGCUGGGCCAAUUGUGCACGCCCUAUGGGACUCCCUAUCCCGGCCGGUUGUGAUACAGCCCAGGCAUGAACCCGGGUCUAUAGUGACACCUUUAGCACUGCGAUACAGUGCCUUGUACCGCUGUGUCACUCGGGAGGCCCAGUCCAAUGAUUUUAACCUGAUAGUGGCCUUUAAAAUAUAAAAAAUAACAAACAUUUGUCAUUUUACUAUUCACCUCCCCCGGCUGACAUCGCGAAAAUGAUGCGCGCAUCGAUGUGGCUGGAAGGCGUAAGUUGUUAUGAUUGUGAAUGGUCAGAUAGCUAGCAACAAUGACAAGUUGCAGUGUGGGUGGCUCGUUUCAGCUUGAUGCAUACAAUCACUUAUUGGUGAUCAAUAUUGAGUGGUCCCUGCAGCGUACGAUCUCAAAUACGUGAUUGGAACAGUAGCAACAUAACGUAUGACGCAACAAACGUCUAAACACCAUUGUUGUCUGAACAGCAUCUAAAUAUUUUUUUGUACUGAUGGAAAGUAAAGGUCUUAAAAGGUCAAAUGGAGGAAUAAAGUUUAUUGUAAAAGAUAAAAGCGAACUUCAUCACACGGAACACAUCCACAGCUCAAACUGAUUCAAUAAACCAGUCUAACACAAGUUGGCGACCUAACAGGCAGACUAGUUCACAAUAUACCACAUCUCUGGCGAGCACAAAAGACGAAUGUCAUGUUUAGAAAAUAAAUGCGUGUCAGCUAAGCUAAAAGCAGCUACAUUCUUUAUGAUGGCAGCCAUGUUUUUUUUUACAUUUUGCGAGAACUCCCUAAUCCCAGAAGGCGACUUCACUAUAAUGCCGCAUUCAAAACUGGGAAAUUGGAAAUCUCCGACUUCAGUGUAUUGAAAACCACUGGGAACUCUGAAAAAUAAUGAGCUCCGACUGGUGAAAAUUAAAUUUGAACGCCGUACAACUCGGUGCCUCUUUCUAAAGCUCUCACUUUCCGACGUGAAGGUCAUGAUUUUACCUUGUAUUUUUCCGAGUUCCAAGUUGUUUUGAACGCGGCAUAAGACGCAAAUAAACAAAGUCAAAGAUGGUUGCACCCAUUGCCCAGAAAAUAUCAUGUUAGUUUGGCCACUUUUCAGCACAUUACAAAUCUGCAUGAGCUUGUUACCAGAGAACAUGACAAGUUUACAGUUUUUGACCAAUCACAAAGCCCCCCAAAAAUGUUAUCGCCUCAUAGAUUAUCACCCAAAUACAAGCCUAUUGCCUAGCCGUAGCACGAAUAGGGCUGACCGAUUUGGUUGAAACCAUUUUAGUGGAGUUUGAGUGGCAUUCAUUUAAUUUGUGGGGGGGUUUCAGUGCAUGGGGGAAGGUAUCGUGGGGGAAUAGGAUGGCGGAAAUAUUACUAUGAUGGGAUCUAUCAAUACAUGGGGGGCAAACACAGAAGUUUAUAAACUAUAAAUAUACUGUGUACUUAGUUUAUAUAAAUGUAACCAAGUUUUGGAAGGAGAAUGAUAACUGACCCACAACAUUCAUCCCCUUAGAUGGCACCAAAGCUUAAUCCUGUCAUGCUCCACAGUUUACGAUAACCCAUUAUAUCUACAUCCUCGCUUCAUCAUGCCACGUUCUCUGCAUACAACAUAGUUGAUUAGACUUACGCCCCAUUCAAUCUGAUCGCCUGCACAAACUACCUCACUUUGUUGCUUACAUGACUUUGUCCACCACCCUGUUCUCAUUCUCCUCGACCAGGCUAAAACCUAUCCAAGCCAUAAUACUCCUCAGCGCAUUUGAGAAAUAUCUUCCUCGCUUGGUGACGAGGCAGGCCUCUGUAGGCUACAUGUCCAGUGGUGAUAUACAUUGACAUGGUGAUGAAAUGUAGCCACCGCUAAAGCCUAGUUUUUCCAGGGGAGAAUAAAUGUGUCAUUUUUUAAAAUGAAGAGAAAGUAUUUAGGAUGCCAGCCUUUCCCGGCCUUAGACAUGUUCGGCAUAUGUGCUAUAUAUGCUCAUACUACGCUCACUUGUUGUAUGCCACUAUUGCAUCAAAUACACCGGAUUUAGGGUGGGAAACCUGAGGCACUAUCUCACACGCAGCCCAGCAUACAGGCUAAUACCAAAGCCUUUUUCAGAUAAUAAUACAUGUAAUAUACAUAAUAUAAUUAUAAUACUAUAGAUACUCACUGCUACUAUUAUAGGAAUAACGUUUUAUAAAGCCUCAUAUGAAGCAGACAUUGCAGUAUUGAUACAAUGCAGGGUGUAGAGAAUAGCGACAAAAUGCAACAAUCAAAUUCUCCCAACAGCAGGAUAGAAUUCUGGUACCGCAUGCUAAAAACUCCCUCUGUAAGGCCCGUGUAUUAAUAUUUAGAACUUACGCGUCAAAAGGUUAAUGAUACCAUGUCGUGUUUUGACUGAUGUAAUUUCUAUGCUAUUAUGGCAAAAAUUCACAAGCUAGCUAACCAACAACUCUAAUGAUGUAUUUGAGGAGACAAGUGCUCAUUGUGCAAAUGUAUGUUUUCAAUAAACAUUUGGAGAAUAUAAUUGACAUGUCAACAGUCUAAGGGCUAACCCCGCCCCCCCCCCCCCCCCCCCCCCCCCAAUCUAUUUUCCCCCAUAGUUGCACACGUGUUGGUUUUGUUCCUAAACAAUUAGUCUAUAAAACUGAUUGUUGUACAGCAAUCAAUUAAUAGUUGGAUCAACAUGAGUAGAUAGACACAUUAAACUACUGUUGUGAGUCAACUAAAAGAGAGGAGUGUGCCGAGGACUGAGGUGAAUUAUAAUACAGAAGUGAAUUGGUGUUGAAGUUAUUGCAAUUUACAACCAAAUACUGUCUGAAUAAAACUUACUUUUUUAUUUAACCUUUUAUUUAACUAGGCAAGUCAGUUAAGAACAAAUUCUUAUUUACAAUGACAGCCUACCCCGGCCAAACCCCUUCGAGGCUGGGCCAAUUGUGCACCGCCCUAUGGGACUUCCAUUCGCAGCUGGAUGUGACGCAGCCUGGUAGCAAAUCCUUUAAACUGUGGAGGUGAGUGUUACUUUGAAAGAAACUUAAACAAAUUCAUUUUAUAUUCGAUAGACAUAUUUCAAAACUAGACAGUUAUGCACGUGGUAGUGGAUCCUCGUGGAAAAUGUGAAUAAAAACAAUUGAAUGUCGAUUGGUUUGCUAUUAUUUAACGGUUAGAGUUUUGAGAAGAAAAGAGGAUUGGCGAUGUCUGGGAGAUGAGUGGAUUUAAUUGUUGGCGCAUUCAAAGGAAGCUAACAGAGUACAUGUUAAAAUAUCUGCCAGCAUUGUUUGGACCUGGUUUGAUUUGGUUAAGAUAUGCUUACUGCUGUGUUGCUCCUUGCUCCCAUCUUAGGUCUCUAUAAAAGUGCCUCUGCAGACAUUCAGGACAAAAUAAGUAAUCACUGAUAUUAAUAUAAGAGGUCAAAUUAGACAAAGUUGUAUGUUUUUCUGACUGUAGAUGCUUUUGUUGAUGUUGAAAAAAGCUAUCUGGCAUUUCAUGAAGACUUGCACAAUCAGUGCAACCGUCUGAAGCAUUCCACAACAUUCUGUCCAUGCAAUAUUCAGGUUUUUCAGGUGUAUUAAUUUGAUCAAUGAUCUCAAUAGGCUGCUGGUUAUUUUUCCAUUGGUAUGUUUUUUUGCUCAAUAAAAAUUGCAAUAAUGGAAAGCC